AUGGUUGCGGACGCGCAGGUGCUCUCGAGCAGGUGGGAUCCGUUUAGGGGCGUUUUCAGUGCAGUACCAGGCCGCGCCAUUAGGAACGCCGGGAAGCUCCUCAACGGGAUGGAGACGACCCGUGGCUUACGGCAGCAGGCGAUCAGAGACGACCUUGAGGAGGACUUCGAUUUGGACGACGACGACUUCCUCCUCUUCGGCGGCUGCCAGGCGGAGGACGUCGGCCAGGCCGCGGUGGCCGGCGUCGAGGCCGAGGCGGUGGCCGACGUCAAGGCCGAGGCGGCGGCCGACGUCAGGGCCGAGGAGGCGACGAGCCAUGCCCAGGCCAGCGCAUUGCGGAGGGAUUGUGGUCGGUAG